CGCCCUCCGCGCGCGCCCGCCUUGCGCCCUCCGCUCUCGCGCCCUCGCGCUGGGGGCGGGCUCGCUGCGCGUGCCGGGUGGGGAAGCGGCGCGAACCCGGUGUUGGGAACGUUCGCCGCGGUGGCGGCUCCGGGGCCUGAGCUACAGCCGCCUCAGCCGAGGGGGCCUGGGCCUGAGGAGGCUGCGGCUGCACCGAGCUCCCGACGUCCCCUCAGUGCCGGCCGGGAAGAGAGCCAGAAUGAUUGAGGAAGGUGGGAACAAGCGGAAGACCAUGGCUGAGAAGAGGCAGCUCUUCAUAGAAAUGCGUGCUCAGAAUUUUGAUGUUAUACGACUGUCAACUUACCGAACAGCUUGCAAAUUACGUUUUGUACAGAAACGAUGUAAUCUUCAUCUUGUUGAUAUCUGGAACAUGAUUGAAGCCUUCCGAGACAAUGGCCUUAAUACACUGGACCAUACCACCGAGAUCAGUGUGUCCCGUCUGGAGACCGUCAUCUCAUCUAUCUACUAUCAGUUGAAUAAGCGCCUUCCUUCUACUCACCAAAUCAGUGUGGACCAGUCCAUCAGCCUCCUCCUCAACUUUAUGAUUGCCGCAUACGACAGUGAGGGCCGAGGCAAGUUGACCGUAUUUUCAGUUAAAGCUAUGUUAGCAACCAUGUGUGGUGGAAAAAUGCUGGACAAGUUGAGAUAUAUUUUCUCCCAGAUGUCGGAUUCCAACGGCUUAAUGAUAUUUAGCAAGUUUGACCAGUUUCUGAAGGAAGUUCUGAAGCUUCCAACGGCUGUUUUUGAAGGACCAUCUUUUGGCUAUACAGAGCAGUCAGUCCGCACCUGUUUUCCACAGCAGAAGAAGAUAAUGCUGAAUAUGUUUCUAGACACAAUGAUGGCCGAUCCUCCGCCACAGUGCCUUGUCUGGCUACCUCUCAUGCACAGACUUGCCCAUGUUGAGAAUGUCUUCCAUCCUGUGGAGUGCUCUUAUUGUCGCUGUGAGAGCAUGAUGGGCUUCCGGUACCGAUGUCAGCAGUGCCACAACUAUCAGCUCUGCCAAAACUGCUUUUGGCGUGGCCAUGCCAGUGGGCCUCACAGCAACCAACACCAGAUGAAGGAGCAUUCCUCUUGGAAAUCCCCUGCAAAGAAGCUGAGCCAUGCAAUUAGUAAAUCACUGGGGUGUGUACCCUCCAGAGAACCCCCACAUCCUGUUUUUCCUGAACAACCAGAGAAACCACUUGACCUUGCACAUAUAGUCCCUCCCCGCCCUCUGACCAACAUGAAUGACACCAUGGUUAGCCACAUGUCCUCCGGAGUGCCCACUCCCACCAAGAGGUUACAUUAUAGCCAAGAUAUGCCCAGUCUCUUGGCCGAUGAGCAUGCACUGAUAGCCUCCUAUGUGGUCCGUCUGCAGCACUGUACACGUGUCCUAGAUAGUCCUAGUCGACUGGACGAGGAGCACCGGCUUAUAGCUCGUUAUGCUGCUCGACUGGCUGCAGAAGCAGGAAACAUGACUCAUCCUCCCACUGAUGUGAGCUUCAACUUUGAUGCCAACAGACAACAGAGGCAGCUCAUUGCAGAACUGGAAAACAAGAACAGAGAGAUCCUGCAGGAGAUCCAGCGUCUGCGUCUGGAGCAUGAGCAGGCUUCCCAGCCUACUCCUGAGAAGGCCCAGCAGAACCCUAAACUGUUGGCAGAGCUGCGCUUACUAAGGCAAAGGAAAGAUGAGCUGGAGCAGAGGAUGUCAGCACUGCAGGAGAGCAGGCGGGAGUUGAUGGUCCAGCUGGAGGGGCUAAUGAAGCUACUGAAGGAGGAAGAGCAAAAGCAGGCAGCUCAGGCCACAGGAUCACCGCACACAUCACCCACUCAUGGAGGUGGCCGCUCCAUGCCCAUGCCUGUGUGCUCCACAUCUGCUGGCUCCACCCCGACCCAUGGCCCACCGGACUCAUUGAGUGGAGUUGGGGGAGAUGUGCAAGAGGCCUUUGCACAAGGUACAAGGAGAAACCUCCGCAAUGACCUGCUGGUGGCUGCCGACUCCAUCACCAACACCAUGUCAUCCCUAGUGAAGGAGCUCCAUUCAGGUUAGCUGAGGAGCUGCUGGGACACAGGAAGCUCUGGCACAGAGGCCAAGGAGCAAGCUGGCACCGACAAGACAAGGGAAGGUCUUCCCCCAGAGGCACAUUCCUAUCCAUCUUUCCGCUGCACACCUGGACCUGACUUGCAGGCUGCCAGACUCACUCCACCACAAGAGAGGAGCCAAGCCUGUGGGAAGUGGGGAGGGACUGCCCAAGGCCCCAGCUGGUGGGCCUCUCUUGUAGCCCUGCAUGUACUAGCAUCUGCAUUCCUCCCUCAGGGCAUGGUCUCAUCUCUGCACCAGGAAUUUACCAGGAGGUCGAAAAGAAAAGAAAAAGUGCUGA